AUGUCAGGGCUAGGGUCUGCCGUGCAGCGUAAGCGGUUUGCUGUAUCGCAGCCCUACGAAAGGCGUACAGCAAUCCCAAAUUCCCCCAGCGCAACGGUAUCCAACCAUGCUACUGCGGUUCCAAGUGAACCAGUUUCUCUGGCUUCGUUACAAAAGGAGCUGAGAGAAAUGCGGAGCGAUAUCCGUGAAUCACUGAGGGAAAUAAAGACCACCUUAAGGGACCUAGAAAGUAAGGUGGAAAGAAAUUUCAAGGACUUCGAAAAGAAGGUUAUACAAAUGCCAGAAAGAGCGGAAUGUCAGGUCCAGGGCCAGCUGAUGAGGGAGGUGAAAGUGGUGAUGACAAGAGUUCACCAGAGUAUUGCGCGCAUCACGGGAGAUGCUCUGAGUCCUGAGUAUAUCAAGAUUCAGAGUAUGCUCCCAAUAACAUCGCAGGAUGCGAUUAUUACUCUGGAGCAGCUCUUGAAUACCAAGCCAUACUCCGAAGCAAUGCUAAAUAUUUUGCUGAAGCUGAGGGGUGCAAAAGAAUGCAUCAAAGGGGUGAUGAAGCGCGUUUACUCCGAUGCCUUGAUGUUCCAUUACAAUUUUGAGGGGAAAGCCAACAAUUCGGCGCUUUUGGGCCUCAAAAGUCUGGAACUCAUUUUCGAUACAUUUAAUAGUACCCCGAAAAGCGAAGUCAUCGCAGAAAUUCGGAAAGCGGUACUAAUGAGCCACAACCGGCAUAAAAUGUAA